GUGUGAGGCGCGUGCGGUCCCCGCCCCCUCCCCACAGCCAGCUCGGUGUGUGAGAGAUAGAGAGAGAAGACCCCUGUCUGUCAGCCGACACCGGCCGGCCACCCGCCAGCCAGCCAGCCAGCCAGCAAACACACACCCGCUUCUUUCCGCCGCUGGACCGUACCUGUGUGCAGUUCAGGCAUGUCGGCGGCUCCCAGCUCUCUCGGGCUGCUGACAGGAGGAGGUGGCGGGGGGGAGGCGGCACUUCUGGCCACCAGCGCCUCACUGCUGUCUCACCAGGCCUCGGACGCCUUCCCUCCGCUGCCGCCUCUGCCCUUACCCUUCGAUGCCCUGGUGCUGGGCCCUGUGGAGGAAGCCGACUCCCUGGACGGACCGGAGUAUGAAGAGGAGGAGGUGGAGAUCCCGCUCAGUGCGCCUCCUACCAACCAAUGGUAUCAUGGCAAACUGGAUAGAAUGAUUGCGGAGGAAAGACUGCACCAAGCUGGAAGGACUGGAAGCUAUCUGAUCAGGGAGAGUGAUCGUAGGCCGGGAUCUUUUGUCCUUUCCUUUCUUAGUAAAACAAAUGUAGUCACACAUUUUAGGAUUAUAGCAAUGUGUGGUGACUUCUACAUUGGAGGCAGACGGUUUUCUUCACUUUCAGAUCUUAUAGGAUAUUACAGUCAUGUGUCAUGUUUAUUGAAAGAGGAGAAGCUCUUGUUUCCUGUGGCACCACCGGAGCCAGUAGAAGACAGACGGCGAGUGCGUGCCAUUCUUCCAUACACUAAAGUCCCAGACACAGAUGAAAUAAGUUUCUUGAAAGGUGAUAUGUUUAUUGUCCACAAUGAGUUGGAAGAUGGAUGGAUGUGGGUUACCAAUCUUCGUACAAAUGAACAGGGGCUUAUAGUUGAAGAUUUGGUGAAAGAAGUGGGGAGGGAAGAAGAUCCACAUGAAGGCAAGCUAUGGUUCCAUGGGAAAAUCAACAAACAGGAAGCAUAUAAUCAUCUUAUGACAGUUGGCCAGAUCAGCAGUUUCCUGGUGAGGCCUUCUGACAAUACUCCUGGCGAUUAUUCACUAUAUUUUCGGACCAAUGAAAACAUUCAGCGGUUUAAGAUCUGCCCAACAUCAAACAAUCAGUUCAUGAUGGGAGGUCGGUACUAUAACAGGAUUGAUGAUAUUGUAGAACACUAUAGGAAAGAGCAAAUAGUUGAAGGCUAUUACUUGAAAGACCCUGUUCCUGUACAGCAUCAAGAGCAAGUACUGAAUGAUGUAGUUGAUGGCAGAGAAAUCUAUAAUACAAUCAAACGCAAAACAAAGGAUGCAUUUUACAAAAACAUUGUGAAGAAAGGAUAUCUUUGGAAGAAGAGUAAAGGCAAAAGGUGGAAGAACUUGUAUUUUAUAUUAGAGGGUAAUGAUGCCCAACUUAUUUAUUUUGAAAGUGAAAAGCGUGCCACAAAGCCCAAAGGAUUAAUUGAUUUAAGUGUAUGUUCUGUCUAUGUAGUCCAUGACAGUCUGUUUGGCAGGCCAAACUGUUUCCAGAUUGUAGUUCAGCACUUUAGCGAGGAGCAUUACAUUUUCUAUUUUGCUGGUGAAACGCCCGAACAAGCCGAGGAUUGGAUGAAAAGUCUUCAGGCAUUUUGUAGCUUACGGAAGACAACACAAGCCACAUCCAAUAAGCGUCUUCGACAGGUCAGCAGUCUCCACUUGCACAUAGAAGAAGCACACAAGCUCCCAGUCAAACAUUUCACUAGUCCGUACUGCAAUAUUUACCUGAAUAGUGUUCAGGUAGCCAAGACACAUGCUCGUGAAGGCCAAAAUCCUGUUUGGUCAGAAGAGUUCUUCUUUGAUGAUUUAUCGCCUGACAUAAACAGAUUUGAGAUUAGCCUCAGUAACAAAACAAAGAAAAGCAAAGACCCUGACAUUUUAUUUAUGCGUUGCCAGUUACACCGAUUGCAAAAAGGACAUGCAAUAGAUGAAUGGUUUCAGCUGAGUUCCCACAUACCUCUGAAAGGUAUUGAACCAGGGUCUUUGCGUGUCCGGGCAAGAUACUCUAUGGAGAAAAUCAUGCCAGAGGAAGAGUACAACGAGUUCAAAGAGCUAAUUCUUCAAAAAGAGCUACAUGUAGUCACAGCAUUAUCACAUGUGUGUGGACAAGAUCGUACACUACUAGCUAGCAUUUUAUUACGGAUUUUUCUACACGAAAAAGUGGAGUCAUUACUUCUGCGAACACUAAAUGACCGAGAGAUUAGUGCGGAAGAUGAAGCUACAACUCUGUUCCGUGCCACAACUUUGGCAAGCACGCUCAUGGAGCAAUACAUGAAAGCUACUGCAACUCCAUUUGUUCAUCAUGCUCUCAAAGACACCAUUUUAAAAAUAAUGGAAAGCAAACAGUCUUGUGAGUUAAAUCCCUCAAAGUUGGAAAAAAAUGAAGAUGUGCACACUAAUUUAGCGCACCUCUUAGGCUUACUUUCUGAAUUAGUGGAGAAGAUUUUUAUGGCAGCCGAAAUCCUUCCACCUACUUUGAGGUAUAUAUAUGGGUGCUUACAAAGAUCUGUUCAACAAAAGUGGACUUCUAACACGACUAUGAGAACCAGAGUUGUUAGCGGCUUCGUUUUUUUAAGACUAAUCUGUCCUGCUAUCCUUAAUCCAAGGAUGUUUAAUAUCAUCUCAGAUUCUCCUUCUCCAACUGCUGCAAGGACGUUGACGCUGGUCGCCAAGUCUCUGCAAAAUUUAGCAAAUUUGGUUGAAUUUGGAUCCAAAGCACGGGAGGGACAUGAUGCUGCUGUGCCACAAAGCUGCGUUUUUUCCUCUGGAGCUGAACCCUACAUGGAAGGUGUAAAUCCAUUCAUAAAAUGUAACAAGCAUCGCAUGAUCAUGUUCUUAGAUGAACUUGGGAAUGUGCCCGAACUCCCUGAUACUACUGAACACUGUAGGACUGAUCUGUCCCGUAACCUGGCAGCUUUGCACGAAAUGUGUGUGGCACAUUCUGAUGAACUCCGAACUAUCAGCAAUGAGCGAGGAGCCCAACAGCAUGUUCUCAAAAAACUUCUGGCAAUCACAGAGCUUCUCCAGCAGAAACAAAACCAGUAUUGUGUAUCGAACAAUACCAGGUAGCAUAUACCGGCACUGAGCUUGCAUGUGAACACCUGGAAAUUUCCCUCACAGUAUCACUUCCUAUUGCUCGUUCCAAAAAUAGCACAGAAUAGCCACAUCGGUCGUGUGGGACUAUGCAGUAAGCACUCUUUGCUGACAGAAAUGUGUGUGCCAGCAGUGUAGAGAUAGACGGUCUCUGAAAGAACGGUUCACACUCGGAACUGACAUGUACAAACCUCUGAGCCUUUGUCUGUUGAUCUCAAGAAGAACUCCAGUUCACUGCAUUAUGCCAAAGUCUACAAUCUGGUGGCGGCCGCAGUCUGCUAUUCAGCAGCCAUUUGUAACUGGAUUACAAGCUAUUUUUAUACUGGUAUUUCUAAAUGGUUUCUGAUAGUAUUGCUUGCGACUGUUCAACCAACCUGACAUAUUCUUUGAUUCCCAAAACUGACAAAGGAACAAGUGCUAUUAUUUUUGUGUACUAUCUUUCUGGGAUCAUAUUAUGAAAGACUUUUUAUGUGCCACUGAUCUUCUAUGGUAGAUUUUUUUUUUUUUGUCCAAACUAUGUAUAAUGAAAUGCUUUUGUAAAAUGUUUACACUAUUGAUUUCAUUAAAUUUAUUGUUGUAUCUGAUGUGCAUGCAUUAAACAUUUUGUAAAGUAUUUUGUGGUUUAUUCUAUUAAAGAUCACCAUUAUACACCCA